AUGGCCACCACCAGCUCACUGCCAGAGCUGCACGACCUGCGCAGGUCCCUCCUCGCAACACUAGAACAAGUCGACCGCGCAAUCGCCGGAUCUCCGCCAGCACCACCAUGUCACCUCCGUCGCCUGCCACUUGAGCUUCGCGAGAAGAUCUACGCCUUGGCCAUGUUCCCGCAACCACAGGGGCAACGCCUGCUCGCCAUCAAUGAAGCUCACCCAGAACUCGCGGACACCACAGUGACCGACCACCACGGCUACGAAGUCUCGUCCUACAACGCAGAACGAUACCACCCACCACCUCUCCUCCAAGUCUGCCGCCAGAUCCGCGCCGAAGCCAGCAAAGUCUUCUACAGCAAGGUCAUCUUCUGGAAGCACUCUUCCUGCUCCUCAGCUCAGAUUGACAUAUCAUUCUUCCGAGGCUUUCUGAGACGCCUCGCCACCGAAAACCGGGAAUUGGUCAAGAACAUUCGACUCGAGCGUGUUGAAUUCUUGGGCAACACUCCGAAGCCAUUCAGUCUCUCUGAGGCCCGCGACGCAUUCCUGCAGCGUCCAGAGUACAUUGGCGAUCAGCUGGAGUUCGCUUGCAAGGAUGAUGGGGUGCGUGGUGGAUGGCGCUACCAGAAGGCUCGUGAUCUUGCUCGGUGA